AUGCCUGGCCAGGGUGAGGUACUGUACAGAACCACACGCCUUGGCUGGGUGAGACCAGCGCCGCCGCUUCCUGGAGAGGAUCCAAUGAAACUGAAGCAGGCGCAGUUGCAGAAAGAGGAGGAGGAAGCUGCGAAACGGAAGUCGGAACUAGAAGCAACUCGCGAGGAGCUUGACAAAGAGCGGCUCAGGCAGGAAGACCUGGCAAACCAGGAGAAGGCCAAGCUGGAGCAGCUGCGCGAAGAGCUGAGGCAGCAAAAGGCCAUCCAAGAGGCAGAGGCAGUGCAGCGGCGUGAGGAGCUGGAGAGACAAAAGGAGGAGCUCAGGCGAAUGGAGCAGGAGAAGAACGCGUUGAUUGCCAAGCGCUCCGCCGAGGAGCAAGAGCUCAAAGAGGCUGCAGACCGCGAGGCGCAGCGCAUUCAGGAGGAACUUCAGCGACAGCGUGAUGAGCUCAGGGCUUUGGAAGAGGAACGCCAGGAGCUUGCAAAGCGUGAAGACCGGGAGAUGCAGCGCCGAAGAGAGGAGGGGGAGCAAGAGGCACAACGGCUAGCUGCAGAGGCUGAGAGGCAGCGUGCCGAAUUAGAGAGGCGACGAGAAGAGCUUCAGGCCGUAGAGGCUGCUCGGGAAGAGGCGCUCGCGAAGAAGAUGGAGGAGGAGCGGCGCUUCUCGGCAGAGCUGCAGAAGUGGGCAGAACAACAGCAAGAGGCUCUGGUGCAGCAACGGAAUGAACUCCGCGCCUUAGAGGUUCGAGGCUCAGGUUGUGAUUGGCCUCCAUCUAGAAUAGGUUUGGCAACAUGCCGAAUAUCGGGUCAUUGUAGACUGGACUUGGGCAGCUUCUGA